GUCGAGACACCGUCACGUCGCUCCUCUAUGGCCGCGAGCACCGACGGUAGGCUCUUCACUGGCGCCAGCGGCGAUCUUCUGGAUCAUUUGACAAACACACGCUCAGUGGGGGCCUUCCGCAUUAAUCAGAUGCAGCGGAAACUGAUCUUGAAUGGCGAGGCUACCGAGGACUCCAUUGACUUCUCGAACUCGUACACAGUUGGCGCCCUGCGCGGUCUCAAACAUGGGUCCCUUAGUGUGGCGAAUACGCCUUUGACCCCAGAACGUCGUCACAAGAAAAUGCCUGCCAAGAGUCCGCUGGAGGCUAUGGCUAUGAAGCGCAAGGCUUCCAGCAUGAGGGUCGAGCCCUCGCUCUCCCAUAAAAGGCAGAGAAGCAUCUCUGAUGUCAGGAGGAUGCAGAUCUGAGAGGCGCUCCCUCUCUGGCUGAUGCAUGACCUCCACCCAUCCAACCCAAAUACGCUUAUGGACGGCGUAACACGCGACGGUCCUCGUUCCGACAAGCUCGUCUGGACUACGCUGCUGUUAUCCCUGGCCUAGUGUUUCGAUAUUUUGUUUUCCGUGCACUACACAAAUUCUACUAUCAUUUACAAGCCCUGUUCCUUUGUCCAUGGGUUCUCAAAAAAUGCUCAUGAUCAAUCCGUUCGUUCUCCUACAAAAGGUUUCUAACAUGUUUACAUUUGGGCCUACUGCGCAACUCCGAAACCUCUUGCAUCUCGGGAUUCAAAUGCUUCCCUUGACUUGUUGCCUCCGCAUUAUGUGUGUGAAUGUCAACAUUCACGUUCACGCAGUCUUCUGACCAGAAUGGCUGCAGAUAUUCUUAGGGGGCUUAGACAAAAGAAGUUCAUGGCAUGUUGGGCUUUAACACUUGUCAGGUCAUAAGAUUAUUGAAAAGGUAGUUUUGGGUGGUCUAAACGGCUCUGGGAGUUGCAGAUGAGGUCAAGCCGAGAGGGGGAAAAGCUUCCGUUGUAUAGAAAAGCUCUUGUUUACUAAUUCUGUAUUCAACAUGAAAACAUGCACAGAGUAAAUCAUGAAUUGUCUCUGUUCUCUUCG